AUGGAAAAACCAAAUCAAUUUCGAGUACUGAUAGUUGGCGGAGGAAUUGCGGGCCUUACGCUUGCAAACUCAUUGCAACACGCCGGAAUUGACUAUCUACUGCUUGAAUCCAGGACGGAGAUUGCACCAAACGUCGGAGCUUCAAUCGGAUUGGCUCCGAACGGAAGCCGCAUCCUGGACCAGCUUGGCUGUUACGAAGACAUUGAGAACUCCACGGAACCGUUUGACUCUGCUGGCUACCAUGCGGCUGAUGGAUCGUAUCUGCUUCCUAGAUACGACGGUUUCCAGCUACUUCGGGCGCGGACGUACUAUCCUAUCCUUUUCUUCGACCGGCAUCGGCUUCUCCAAAUCCUCUCGGAGCAUAUCUGGGAUCAUAACAAAAUACUCCUCGACAAAUGCUUAUCGAGGGUGGAAGAAGUCGACGGAAAAGUAGUAGCGACAUGCAAAGACGGCACUUUUUACUGCGGCGACAUUAUUGUCGGUGCUGAUGGCGUUUACAGUAAGACAAGGCAAGAGAUGUGGCGCAUUGCAAAGACACAGGAGCCUGGAAGGAUACCAGACAAUGUCCAAGACACUAUGAUCGCUGAGUACAGGUGCUUGUUUGGCAUAUCCGCACCGACACCUGGGUUGCUGCCCCGAGCCUACGACGUUACAUUUAGCCGGGAUGUGUCAACCAUGACCAUCACUGCGAAAGGAGGGCGCGUAUACUGGUUCCUGUUCGAAAAGAUGCCUCAAACUUACCGCAUGGGUGAAAUCCCGCGCUUCAACAAACAGGACAAAGAUGAGAUGGCACGGAAAUAUUCCUACAUACCCAUUUAUCCGGGAGGCACUGUUAAGUUCGGGGACAUCUGGAGAAAUUGUGAGAGAGCUACCCUUGUGGCCCUGGAAGAAGCCGACUUUGAGCACUGGACUUGGGGAAGGUUCGCUUGCUUGGGAGACAGCGCGCACAAGAUGACCCCGAACGCAGGUGCUGGCGGCAUGUCUGGAAUCGAAAGCGCCGCCGCCCUCGCAAAUUCAAUCAAGAGCCUGGUUAACAAACAGGAUCAUGGAACCCUUCCCUCAUAUGGAGAUAUCCGGAAUGCUCUUGCAGAAUACCAACAAGAGAGAAAGCUUCGGGCUUCUGCAACUGUCGAAAAAUCAAACUAUCUGACGCGGAUCCAGGCAAUAAAAGGAACUAAGGAAAAGCUGAUCGCGCACUGGGUGUUUCCUUACGGCGGAGACUAUCCGAUAAACGAAGGAUGCUGGACUUGGCUUGGGUCAACAAUGCUGAACUUUUUGCCUCCCCCUCCCAAAUCACUCCUUGGGACUAUGCCGUUCAACCGCAACCAAGGUCUCGGCAACGAAGAGAGCAUAAUGCGUCGGGCCAUAAUUGCAGCUCCGCUUCUGGCAAUGUCGGUUCAGUGCUUUAUCAACACGAGUUCUCAAAGCCUGGCGACAAUGUCUUACGGCAGCAUCAGUUCAUCCCAGGUUCCCACAUUUCUCGCAGAUUUUGGCCUGGUGUAUGCUAUCCUUCUCAUUGAAUCUUCGCGGAGAGCCAACGCUCUGAGCCUUGCAAGGCUACCGAUACUCUUCGGCAUGGCCUCGUUGUGCAAAGUCGGCGCUGUCAUGCCAAUCUACUUCUUCAUCCACUACGUUUUUACGCCGAUAGAAGCUUUCAGCAUGCUCGACAAGCGUCUCACAGACAUGCGCUAUACGGCAUCCGUCCUUCCUGUCAUGAUACUAAUCUACUACAUUCCAUCUUUACUAGCAAGGUACGCUCCGGAUCCUACACUGCGCCAUAUUGGCGAGUGGAUUUACAAUUCGUUUCCACUUUGGAUUGGGCUCGGCCAGUUUCUACUUGCGCACACACCGCUCGUCCCCAACACUGUGCAACACGACCGUAUAAACAACGUCACGCGUGACGUACCAACAAUUCGGUGGACGAUCUCUUUGAUGGCAGCAGUUUCAGGCCUCGUAUGGCUAGGAACAGUACUACGUACUUCGUUCUCGCUCGGCCACACGAUCAUUCCGUAUCUCGGAGAAGUUGAGGCGCUGAAGUACAACUACAUUUGCUUUACUGCCUCUUCUCUUAUCUGGAUUGUUCUGUUAUUCUGGGACCUGAAAGCGGCGGGUAUGGUUCGGCAAAGCUGGCUUACUGUUGUCGGGUUGUUGUGCUGUGCCGCUGCUGUUUUCGGACCCGGAGCAGCCGCUGCCGCAGGCUGGCUGUGGAGGGAAGAAGUGAUAGCCACAAAGAGACAUAAGGACGCUCUUAUUCGUUCGUAG